GGAAUGGAAGUGAUUAGUAUCAGCACAGAGGUCCAAUACAGCAGACUAAAAUUAAAAACGGAUUCACAAUUUACUAAACGAAAAUGUUCAAAACACCAUUGGGGCGAUUGGCAAUAAGUUGUCUUCUAUUUACCUUUUGUGUGAUAAAACUAAGCCAAUGUGGAGUGAUAAAUACCCCAGUUAUCAGUGACGAUGCCAAAGAGGAUUUCGAACGUGAGGCCCGUCUCGAAACCGAAGAGUUUUUGAAUAACAUAUUUACAGCCCAAAUCGAGUUCUUCAAUAAACUAAAACAAUCCUUGAAGUCAGACACAAAACGUUACAAAGAUUUCGAAUUGCUUGUGGAGAGGCUGGAAUUGACCAAACAGGAGAAAGAGCUGGAGAAAAAGGAUGUUAUGUACUGGGAAACUUUUCAACAGUUCAAUAAGUCACCUUUGCUUCUUAACGAACCUACGGAAACGGGCAUGAGUGAUGAGGAAUAUCAAAAGGCUUUGACUGAUAAUGGUUUUAAAGAACUAUUGAAAAACUUCUUUGCUGAUGUGGCAGUGUAUUUUUGGAAAAUGGCCAAAGCCAGUGGUAAAGUAGUUGAAACCGCCAUGGAUGAAUAUCUAGAGCAAAUGCAAAAAUCCAAGAGUCUGAUUUAGGCUAUAAAUAAGAAUGGUAUUAAUUUUAUAUGUGUAUAAAUUAAAUAUAGAUGUAAAUAGAUUUAAGUUUACUUUAUGGAAAAAUAUAAUUACGUAAGUAAAUUUAAUUUAAACAAAUAA